AUGUCGAUGGAUCUGUUUCAUGUGAGAGUUGUCUCCCAAAGUGCUUCGGAAGAGGAGAGUUUCUUUCAUUUGCUGGCUAUCAAGCUGGAUGCCGAUCAGAUCGCUAUUCCAGAUGCCAGAGAGGAGGGGCCUUCACUGAACGAUACGGAGCGAGACAGGUACGCCUGUCCUGGUCCUGCAUCCUCAUCACUUGGCAGUGAAAAGGAACUUGCACUGUCCUACAAUAAUUUGAAAGAAAUCACUCUCUUAUUGACCUCCCACUCCUCGAUGUGGGACAUUGGAGAGGUUCAUUUGAAGUAUGAGCGCAGCAACUUUUUGGAUUGCGGCAUGCCCACCCUGAAAAAUUUCACGCGACCCAGCGAUUGGGAGCGGGUACUUCGAAAGAUUCACGAGUCGAAACGCUCUGCCAGCAAUGGCGAUGGCAAAGCGUAUUUCACAAAGCCACUCUGUUUGAGACUGCCAAGUAGUUCGACCA